AUGUCCAAAGAAAGCAAUCGGGACGUAUCACCCGACGGGCUCGACCCUUCACCUCCGUAUCUCGGACAGAACGGAGGUAACGGGAUUGCACUUCGGACACCACUGCGAGACUUUCGGCAAUGGUUCGGCGGACCGGGAGUGACCAUCGGCCCUCGCAUCACUUCAUUUGUUGUGCCUUCGGUCGAAUCCGACUCUGAAGCCAGCUCUGAGCUUGUCCAAAAGCAGAUCGACAGCGAGGCAAAUGCGGGCAUCCAGUAUCGCACAUGCAGCUGGCAAAAGACGGCAGCCUUGCUUUUUUCCGAGUAUAUCUGCCUGGCCAUCAUGAGCUUUCCUUGGUCAUACAGCGUACUUGGACUUGUGCCUGGCCUCAUCUUCACUGUGUUUGUCGCACUUAUAGUGCUAUACACAUCACUGGUUCUUUGGGAGUUUUGCCUACGCCACCCCGAAGUUCGCGAUGUUUGCGACAUCGGACAGAUGCUUUUCUGGGGCAAGAAAUGGGCCUGGUAUGCCACGGCCGUCAUGUUUCUGCUCAACAACACGGGCCUUCACGUACUAGUGGGAGCAAAAUAUAUCAAUACGAUGACGGGUAGAAGUGAUUCAGUUCAGUGCCAGACCGUUAGUUUUGGCAUCAUCGUUGCCAUUGUCUGUUGGCUGUGUUCCCUCCCUCGAACCUUUAGCAUGUUGAGUAAGCUCGGGACGGCAUCGGCUGCUUUUACCUUUAUCUCGGUUCUCCUGGCUACCAUCUUUGCCGGCAUCCAAGGAGACCCAGCGGGAUUCGAUCCGAGAGACUCGUAUACUACCUCGGCAGGGGUGGCCAAGGUUGGCGGAAAUCCAAUCGUCACGGCCUUCCCGACAGCCAGCACCACGUUCGUCAUGGCUACUACUGCCUUCCUUAAUAUCAGCUACACGUUCAUUGGCCAGAUAACGCUGCCAAGCUUUAUUGCUGAGAUGAAGGACCCUAGAGACUUUCCCAAAGCCCUCUGGGCCUGCACCAUCGCCGAGAUCUUUGUCUUUAGCAUCGUUGGUUCCAUCAUUUACGCCUAUACGGGUAAUCAGUACAUGACAGCGCCAGCCUUUGGUUCGCUCCAUGAUGUCUACAAAAAGGUUUCGUUUUCCUUCAUGAUACCUACAAUCAUCUUCCUGGGAGUCUUGUACGCCUCGGUCUCGGCACGCUUCAUCUUUUUCAGGUUAUUCGAUGGCUCGAGGCACAAGAGCGAACACACUGUGGUGGGCUGGUCCGCCUGGGCUGCGAUUCUUUUCACAACCUGGAUUCUUGCCUUUAUCGUCGCCGAGGUCAUCCCUUUUUUCUCUGAUCUCCUCUCCCUCAUGUCAUCGCUGUUCGAUAGCUUCUUCGGCUUCAUAUUCUGGGGUGUCGCCUACUUUCGCAUGCGCCGUGCCGACCGUCGCAAAAAUCCCGAGGAGCCACAGACAGCCACGGGAAUGGCUCUCAGUGCGCUCAAUGUCUUCAUCAUCCUCAUUGGCGUAUUCUUCCUCACCGUUGGCACCUAUGCCACAGUACAAAGCAUUAUCGAUUCGUUCCAUUUAGGCGCUGUUGGGACCGUAUUCACAUGUGCGAGUAACGCUCUUUGA